AUGGAGAAAACUAGGAAUGCUGAGAGCCAAUUUGAUUCGCAGGAUUGGAAGUGGAGUCAGUUUAUUCCAUCUCUGUACUGUUGUGUUCAUUUGUCUUCAGUAUCAAAAACUACAAACUUCUUUAUUUUCCAGGGAGGCAAUAAUGCAGGGCAUACAGUUGUUGUGGAUUCUGUGGAGUAUGACUUCCAUCUUCUGCCAAGUGGGAUCAUUAAUCCGAAAGUUACAGCAUUCAUUGGAAAUGGUGUAGUAAUUCAUUUGCCAGGACUCUUUGAAGAGGCUGAAAAAAAUCUGAAGAAAGGAAAAGGGCUAGAAGGCUGGGAAAAAAGGCUAAUAAUUUCCGACAGGGCUCAUAUUGUAUUUGACUUCCAUCAAGCUGCUGAUGGAAUCCAAGAACAGCAAAGAGAAGAACAAGCAGGAAAGAAUUUGGGAACUACCAAAAAAGGAAUUGGUCCAGUAUAUUCUUCAAAAGCUGCUCGAAGUGGACUCAGAAUGUGUGAUCUUGUUUCUGAUUUUGAUGAAUUUUCGGAGAGGUUCAAAGUGUUAGCCAAUCAGUACAAAGCUAUAUAUCCCACCUUGGAGAUAGACAUUGAAGGGGAGUUGAAAAAGCUGAAGGGCUACAUGGAAAAAAUAAAACCAAUGGUAAGGGAUGGUGUCUAUUUCAUGUACGAGGCUUUGCAUGGACCACCAAAGAAGAUCUUAGUAGAAGGUGCUAAUGCAGCACUACUGGACAUUGAUUUUGGCACGUAUCCUUUUGUGACUUCAUCGAACUGUACAGUUGGAGGUGUUUGUACAGGUCUAGGCAUGCCACCACAGAACGUUGGGGAAGUGUAUGGAGUUGUGAAAGCAUACACUACUAGAGUUGGCAUUGGUGCCUUUCCUACAGAGCAAAAUAACGAAAUUGGAGAAUUGUUGCAAACGCGAGGCAAAGAGUUUGGCGUGACAACUGGUAGAAAGAGAAGAUGUGGCUGGCUGGAUCUUGUGUUACUGCGAUAUGCCUACAUGAUUAAUGGAUUUACUGCCUUGGCUCUUACCAAAUUGGAUAUCUUGGAUGUAUUUCCAGAAAUCAAAGUUGGUGUUGCAUACAAACUAGAUGGUGAAAUCAUACCUCAUUUUCCUGCCAACCAGGAAGUCUUAAAUAAAGUAGAGGUUCAGUAUGAGACACUCCCAGGAUGGGAUACAGACAUAUCAAAUGCAAGGACAUUUGAUGAGCUGCCUGUAAAUGCACAGAACUAUGUUCGCUUUAUAGAAAUGGAGCUAGGUGUUCCUGUUAAAUGGAUUGGAGUAGGGAAAUCCAGGGAAUCAAUGAUCCAGCUGUUUUAAAGGUUUCAGAUGCAUGGAAGAAAGCACACUCCUCAAAAGACUGCUCAUUCUUAAAUGCAUUAGUAGCCCGCAAAGCAAAGAUGUUGAAAAGAUAGAUUUUUGCAUGGAAAGAAAUGCUAGAGUUGAUAUCCCCAAAUCAAUCACUACUCCUGAAAGAGACUUUAACAUGAACUUGUAUCAAUUCUUCGUCAACUGGAGAUUUCCAGGACAUUUGUUGUCAUUGUUGUUCGUGGUGCCAUCAGAUUUUUUCUUUACCUAAUAUUUACUUCAUAGUGUAAUUCCUGUUUUAAAAUCUAAGGUAGCGUUACUUUCAUGACUGUUUGUCUUUGUUACCGUGUCUCUGCUUUUGGCGGUGUUACUACCUUGAAAUUUUAGACAGUAAAAUAAUGCAGUUUUGCACAGAUAGUUUUACAUCCUCAUUAUUUGUAUUCCUAAAGCUGUUGUAUUCUUUAUGGCUGCUCUUGUAAGUGAUUAAAGAGAGGGAUUCUGAUUUUAUAAUGCUAUAA